GCUCCGGAGCGGUGCUGCUGCUGCGCGAGGCCGCGGAGGCCGCGCCCCGCGGACCGGGCGAGCCGCUGUUCGACGGCGGCGGCCGCGCCGUCUCGUGGGGCGACCUGCACCGCCGCCAGGCCGCGCUGCUGGCCCGCGCGCUGGAGCUGGGCGCCGCGGAGGGCAGCGUCGGGCUGGUGGGGGCCCUCGAGGCGCUCUGCGGCCAGGCGCGCGGUGGCGGCGAGCGGCCCGCCGACGCGGACCUGGCGUGCGGCCGGAGCAGGGCAGGCCGCUGCGGCUGGACAUCCCCAGCUUCGCCUGCGUGCUGCGCCGCCUGGUGCUGGGCCCGGCGCACCGGCCCGCCGCGGUGCGGGCGCUCCUGAACCUGGCGCUGCCGGCCGUCGAGGGCGCCCCACCGGUGCCGCUGGCGCCAGAGGAGGGCGCCGGUGCCGAGGGCACCCUGGUCGAGGGCCCCUGCCGCCAGAAGCGCGCCCCUGGCGCCGCCACCUCGGCCACGGGCGAUGGCGGGGACGGCGAGGUCUCCGAGGGCGGUGCCGAAGACAUCGAGUGGCCCGAGGAGCUGGUCUUCCGUGGCUGCUCCUCGUGGCCUGAGCUCAACGGGUGCUUCCGGCGCACCCGCGACUUCGACCAGCUGCUGCAAGAGCGGCGGCCCACGUAUGAGCGGGCGGACGUCGCUGGCGGCCCAGGCGGGGGGUGCCUCCGUGUCUUCUGCUUCUUCUGGCUCUUCCGGGCCGCCGACGGCGAGGCCCCCGCGGACGGGCCGGGGGCGCGGAGGAAGGCCAAGAGGCGGGGCGCGCCCAGGGAGGGGGCGCCCGGCGGGGGCGCCGCGCCCGAGAGGGGGCGCUGGUGGCUCGGGACGCAGGUCGGAGGGGAGAAGGGCCUGCUUGGCGAGUGCAGGUGCGACUCGGAGCUCCCGCCCGGCGAGGGCUGGCUCCUCCGGCCGCCCGCCUCCGAGGGCGGGCGCGAGGAGGGCCCCGGCGGCUUCGUGCGCCCCGAGGACCUCGGGGCCGAGGCGCUCCGCCGCCUGGACCUCGCGGCGCUCGCCGGCCACGUGCGGGGCCCGACCCCGGAGGUCGCCGCGUAUUUCGGGCACUUCUGCACGCUGCUGCACCUCGAGC